UCUUUUAGCUUCCCACACAUUAUCAAUAUUCAGACCGGUAACUGGAUCCCUGUCAGGGAAAGUGACUCUUCCCUGCUUUUUCUCAACAAUACCAACAUCCGCUCCAGUCAUUAGUCCAAACGGAGCAAUCAUUUAUGGACGUGAUUCCUUGAGGAUCAAAUGGACCAAGAUGGAAGGAAAUACAGAGUCUGUUGUGCUGGUGGCACAAGAAGGGAUGAUCAAGAUAGAUUCGAGUUACAGGAACCGAGUGUCAGUGCCCAGCCAUCCUGAAGAUGUUGGUGACGCCUCACUGACGAUGGUCAAGCUGCGUGCCAGUGAUGCAGGCACUUACCGCUGCGAGGUCUUGUACGGCAUCGAAGACACCCAGGACACAGUUAGUCUUGAUGUCAGCGGUGUUGUUUUUCAUUACCGAGCAAAAACCAGCAGAUACACUUUAGAUUAUCAGAAAGCUGUUCAGGCCUGUAAAGAUAUCGGAGCAACUAUUGCCACCUAUGACCAACUGAAAGCAGCCUACGAAGAUGGGUUUGACCAAUGCGAUGCUGGCUGGAUGGCUGAUCAGACUGUUAGAUACCCAAUUACAAGGCCAAGAAAGGGCUGUUUUGGAAACCUCAUGACUAAACCUGGCAUUAGGUCGUAUGGAAUCAGAAAACUCACAGAGACCUACGACGUGUACUGCUAUGUGGACAAACUUGAUGGUGAGGUCUAUUAUGCUCCCGUGACCCGUAAGAUGACUUUUCAAGAGGCCAGUGAAGAGUGCAAAAAGAGGAAUGCCGUCCUUGCGUCCCCCGGCCAGCUCCACGCCGCGUGGAGACAGGGGCUUGACAGAUGCGACUAUGGCUGGAUGUCUGACGGCAGUGUGCGACAUCCUGUCGCGGUAUCCAGAAUUCAGUGCGGGGGAGGUCUGCUUGGUGUCAGGACCAUGUAUCGCUACAGAAACCAGACCGGUUUUCCAGAACCAACAAUGAAGCUUGGGGCCUAUUAAAAGAUGUGCUUAACCAGACCUCCUUAGUCGAUGUGUCUGUGAUAGACAUCACAACUCCCACCAUAGGAUCCUCAACUUCCCGGCCUUUACUGGAAAGCAGCACCACUCCAGUCACCACAUCAUCAGCCCCAGUCACAGAGGGAGAUGAAUCUAAAGACUCGGCGGCUGCAACAACUUCUCCAUUUAUGUUUUCCACUAGCAUGGCUCCACCCCGCCUCACUUCUACAGGUCGUGAAGAGGACCUGAUCACCACCAUCGCACCCACCAUCAAGGAGGAAGAUGACCCAUUUGAUAUUGCUACUCAUCCACCGCUGUUCAACAUUGAUGACUUUGAAAAUGUUGAUGACGAUUCUGUUCCAAAACGUGGCGAUGUUGUGAGGGACCUGUCCACAACAACAGAGAGCAGCAAUGAUACUGUGUCUGAUCCUGAUGAUCUGUCAGUGAUCAAAAUCAGCACAAUCCAACCUGAUAUCCUCAUGCCAGAUGCUUCUGUUGACCCAAAAACCAUGUUUGCUGAGGGAAAGACAGAAGAAGCCAUUCUGCAUUCUGGCAUAACCACAGCAGUGACCUCUGAUGUGACUGAAACUCCAAGAGGAGCUACAGACCCGACACCUGAGGAGAAUUCAGAAAGUCAACCAACAACACCAUUCCAAGAUUAUGAUAAAGACUUUUAUGAGUCUGCCGUUUUUGUUGAAGUGAUGCCAACAGGACAGAAGUUGAAAGAGGAGCCCUCAUCCAGCCCAGCGACUUCAACUACCACCGCUACAACCCCAUUCAUGUGCAAGACUCUACCUGUCACUACAGAACCACCUACUACCACUCAUACUGGAUCCCAAACUACUCUUGAAACACAUGAUACUGACUCAAAUGCCACAUCUGGAGCCACUUAUGUCACAAAAGUUGACGGAGAAUCAACGUCUCCACAUGAGAUGUUGUCAACACAUGCCGACACCUCUGAUGAGUCUGGCUCUCAAAAGACAGGCACUGAAACAGAAGGGCAGCUGUUAACAUCCACACCUGCAGCCAGCAUGCUCACCUCCCAAACUGAUGGGAUAACCAAGUUUCAACCCUUUGAAACAAGUGAGGUCACAAAGACACAGGAUGUAUCAGGUAAUCCACUACCUUCCAUGCUUCAUUUUACAGUACUUUCUUGAUUUUUGUUGGUUAAUC